GGCCUUGGCUGCUUUCAAUAGGAUGUUUGAAUUGUGAAAUAGUGAUAGGUUGUACUGCUUUUAGCAAAAGCUUAAAUACUCACAGGUCUGAGACUUAGCUUUAGAGUGAAUGGGAAUUCAUGUUUAGGCAUAUAGAACACAGUAUGUGAUUUUGAUUGUUUUUGGUUCUUACUAUAAAUUGAAUCUCUGUCUCAGGAACAUAUACUUUGUAUGAAUGAAGGAACAAAUUAAUUACUUAAUGCAUACAAAUUUGCCCACCAAAUUAGACUACUUUCUUGCUUAUUUGGCCUAUAUAGGUUUGUUUUUUGUUAUUGUAGUAAAUGUAAUUUCGCACUUAUAUAACUUCUCAACGCUUCAAACCUUGACCGUUUUUCUUAUUUUUUUCUUUCUCCUUAUAGAUCCAUCAUGAAGUUUGUGGCUCUAGUUCUAGCCGUUCUGCUGGCUGCAGGUUGCCAGGCACGAUUCCUGCAGGCUGACGCUCCAUCUCAGUAUGAGCACAUUAGAGCUUCGGUGGUGACCUACCUUGGCCAGGUUAAGGACACAGCACAGAAAGCUAUUGCCCAUCUCGAUGAUGCUGAGUUCAAGGAUUACAAGGCACGCCUCACUCAGGGCCUGGACAACAUCGAGACUGUGCUCAAGUCUGCCUCUGAAUCCCUUGCCCCAGUCCGUGAGGGGCUCGGACCCCAGAUUGUUGAUGCCCUUUCUGGUGUUCGUGAGAGGGUUUCCCAUGAUCUGGAGGAACUGCGCAAGGAGCUGGAGCCUAAGCGUGAGGAGCUGCGCCAGGUUGUGAAGAAACAUCUUGAUGAGUACCGCGAGAAGCUGGAACCUGUGCUGAAGGAGUACUCUGAGAAGAACCGCAAGCAGGUUGAAGAGUUCAAGGCCAAGUUUGAGCCUGUAAUCAAGGAGCUGCAGGAGAAGAUCCAGGUUAAUGUGGAGGAGACCAAGUCCAAGCUGACCCCCAUUGUGGAAACCAUUCGCAACAAGUUGACCAAGGGCCUUGAAGAGCUGAAGACCACAUUUGGACCCCAUGCCCAGGAGUACAGGGAGCAAAUUGAAGGUGUCUUUACUGAACUGCGCCACAAGUAUGAAUCUGGGGAGCUGCAGGAGAAGCUCAAGAAUUUGGGUGAUGAGCUUAGGCCCCAGCUGCAGGGUAUCUACAACACCAUUGAGAAGGCUAUCAAGGCAUAAACGCUCUCCUUCAAUUUUUUUUUUUGCCCACAGUGCAGUCUUAAAGGCUUAAAUCUUUAUUUCCCUACAUUGUUAUCAUCAGCUGGACCAGUAAGGCCUGAAAUCACACAGAGUCUCUUCAAGACUUCUGCACUUUCCAUUCACCACAUGGGUUGAUGCAAAAGCUAGAGCUAUGCUUUCUGUCUUACAACAUGUCAUUCCAUUGAAUCUGCUGAAUGAAGCACAUGCUAAAGUAAACAUUUUUGUGUAGCAUUGUUAAAUGCUUGAAGUAAUGUUUUGCUGUGCUUCUAUUUUGUCAAAAACUGCUAAAAGAAUAGCUCAAUAAAAUAAAACGUUUCA